GCUCUGUAAAAGCGCCGGUUGUGGGGCAGGCACUCGAGCCCUAAUUAUUUCUUGCGCUCUUCACUUAUAUAAAAGUGCAUUUUAUCAGACAGUUGCUACUCUCGAAUUCGCACUAUUUAACUGUACUCUCUCAGAAAAAGCUUUUGGGAUUUCAAAUUUUGUGUCGAAUUUUGUUUUCUUUGAUGAAUUCUAGCAAGAAAGUGGCACACGCCGUCGGCGGAAAAACUGCCCGGGCGUGUGACAGCUGCAUAAAAAAGAGAGCUCGUUGGUACUGCGCUGCCGACGACGGUUUCUUAUGCCAAGCCUGCGACUCCGCCGUGCACUCCGCCAACCAGUUGGCCCAUCGGCACAAAAGGGUUCUCUUGAAGACGGCGUCGUCGCUCAAACCUAGCAACAAAGAUGAUCGAGCGAGCGCUGUUUCGGAGACCUCAGCGGCACCGUCUUGGCACCGGGGGUUCACGCGGAAGGCACGGACACCGCGGGGCGGUAAGUCCAUGACACAUCAUGGAAAAUCCGAGGAAGGCGUUCGGAACCUGUUUCCGCAGGUUCCGGAAGUUGGGGGAGAUGAUAUUAACUCGUACGAUGAAGAAAAUAAAGAGGACCAACAGCUGCUUUAUAGGGUUCCGAUAUUCGAUCCGUUUGUUGCGGAGCUGUGCAAUAACUCUGGUAAUUCUAACGAAGAUGCAGUUGCUAAUUAUGAAGCUAACAAUCUUAGUACUGUUUCUGAUCAUGUCGGAAUCGAAUCAAAAGCAGUUUCGUCGUUGCCGAAUUUUAAUUGCCACGAUGGAUUUCCGCUUCCGAGCGACAUGGAUCUUGCGGAGUUCGCGGCUGACGUGGAUAGUUUGCUGGGGAGAGGCGUUGAUGAUGAUGAGUGUUUUGGGAUGGAAAGGUUAGGGUUUAUGGAUUGUAAAAAAAAGGAAUCGAAUGGUAGAGUGAAGCUUGAGGAGGAUGAUGAUCAAGAGGGAACAGACGACGUUGAUUUUAUGGGGUGCCAAUUAGGGGAGAGUGAGAUUGACAUGAUGAGGGAGCCGUUUGCUUUGAAUUUUGAAGAUUACGAUGACUCGCCUGCAUCGUGCGGCGAGCAGGAUGAUAAACUGAGAGUGGGAUCCUAUAGUAAGUGUAGUACAGAAGAUCAUGAACGUGAGGAUGCGGACGACGAUGCAAGAGAUAACAGCAAGAAGAGGAAGAUGAUUUUGAGGCUGGAUUACGAGGCGGUGAUUACAGCCUGGGAUGGCUCCCCGUGGACCUCCGGUGACCGCCCGGAUUUCGACUCCGAAUGCUUGCCUGACUACAUGGGUGCAUGUGGAGCUGAACUUCAUUAUCCUUAUGGGGAAAUGAACGGGCUUGGAGUUCACCCGGCAAUGGUGGACGGAGGGAGGGAGGCGAGGGUGUCGAGAUAUAGAGAAAAGAGGAGGACACGGCUGUUCUCGAAGAAAAUAAGGUACGAAGUUCGGAAACUGAAUGCCGAGAAGAGGCCAAGAAUGAAAGGGAGGUUUGUCAAGAGAGCAUCCUUUGCAGGAUCUGCUUUUCCCGUGCUUGCCAAAUGAACGUCCCUCCGGCCCGGUGGUUGAGUCCAUAAGUUUACCUCAUAGUAAACUUGAGUUUGUGUAUACAUGCACAAGCAUGUACAUCAAUUAUUAUUUAAAUAAAUCUUUUUGACUCA